AUGGUCACAUUUGUGUAUGCACAUAAUCUCAAAGAUGAGAGGAAAGCAUUAUGGGAAUAUGUAAACCAGAUGAGCAUGGGUUGCCAGAUUCAAUGGAUAAUCAUGGGGGACUUCAAUGUUGUAUUGCAGCAGGAGAAUAGACUUAGAGGGAAUCCAAUAGCAUUAAGUGAGGUGGUGGAAUUUCAGGAGUGUAUUGAUAAAUGCAUACUUAUGGAGUUACCAAAUAAUGGGUAUGUGUACUCAUGGAGUGAUAAGCAGGGGAUAAAUAGAAUAUGCUCAAAAAUAGAUUGGGUAAUUGUCAAUGGGGAAUGGAUAGAUACAAUGGAGCAAUGUAAAACUUAUGCUCUUUCAGAAGGGGUAAGUGAUCACUGUCCAUUAGUGGUGGAGAUGAUUAAGACUCAUGCAAGGAAGGGGAAAGCUUUUAGAUACUGUAAUAUGUGGAGUAAAUACCAUGACUUUAUGCACAUGGUUGAACAGGGAUGGGCAAUACAAGUAGAGGGGUGUAAGAUGUAUCAAGUAGUAAAGAAUUGGAAGGCUUUGAAGCAGAAACUUAGAACAUUGCACAAGAGGAACUUCAGUAAUGUCAUAAAUGAAGCAAACAAAGAUAGAGAGGAAAUGUAG